AAACGCAGCGGAGCGUCACAAGCGUCAUCCCGGAUUUGCCUCCCCAGUCGACGGUCCUCAGCCGAACAGAGAGCCGGGAACGCGACCGCAUCUUCCCCUCAGUGAUGGAGAGCCUUCUGGACAACCCGAUGAAAGCCGUCUUGUACCUGAAGGAGCUCACCACCAUCGUGCAGAACCAGCAGAGCCUGAUCCAGACGCAGCGGCAGCGCAUCGACGAGCUCGAGCGGAAGGUGGAGGACCUGAUCGGCGAGAACAGGCAGCUGCGGGACCCCCAUCAGUACGUGCAGCAGCACCAGCACCACCACCCGCCGGCUUCACAGGCGCACGCCCACCCGCAUCAGCACCACCAGAGCGGCGGCACCAAGGCUGCGGCACACGCCGGCCAGCAGGCGCAGCAUCCUCAGCAUCAGCAUCAUCAUCAUCACCAGCAGCAGCAGCAUCCUACCCCUCCUGCUCCGGCACCCCACCACCCGCAGCAGCUCCAGCUGGUGCCCACCUCGCCACAGUCCCCCCACGCCAGCCAAGCCAGUCCGGACCCCACAGAGGAGGGCAAGAGGAGCCCCUGCUGCAAGUCGCUGGUCCCGCAGACCCCCACCACGCUGUGCCGCUCGGUUGGACUGGCCAGGAAAGCAGACAACCAAACCGUGCUUCAUCAGUUCUGCUGCCCGGCCCCGGACGCCCCAGAGGGGGAGGCCUCAUCCGCCUGUGUCCCCAGCGACGACCUUUCUCCAGACCCGUCAGUGGGGGAGGAAGGGAAGGGAGGAGAGGGGGAGCUGCAGAGUGAGGUCCAGUCACAACCACAGCCCCAAGAGACUCCGCCCCUACAGCCUCAGUACGAUCUGCAACCGCAACAGCCGCCGCCUGAAACCGAACCGGAAUCAAAACCCGAACCGCAAGCCGAGCCCGAGCCUCAAGUUGAAUCCUCGGGCGGGGAGGAAGCGCAGGAAGUUGGAUCGCCCCUAGGUGGCGGGGAGGAAGAAUGCGCAGAUGAGAAGGAAGCAAAGGGAAAGCAGGAAGCAGGGGAUGCUCAGGAUAAAGAAGAAGAGGAGGAGGAGGAGGAAGGGGGAGGAGCUAAAGGAGGUGGGACGGGGAGGAGGGCCAGCCUUCACCACACGGCCUCGCCCCUGAGGGUGCAGCGCAACGGGGCCGGCUCCCACUCGGCCACGUCCGACUAUGAGCUCUCGCUUGACCUGAAAAACAAGCAGAUCGAAAUGUUAGAGCACAAAUAUGGCGGCCACCUCAUUUCCCGCCGCGCCGCCUGCAAGAUCCAGACCGCCUUCCGCCAGUACCAGCUCAGCAAGAACUUUGAGAAGAUCCGCAACUCCCUGCUGGAGAGUCGGAUGCCGCGCCGCAUCUCCCUGCGCAAGGUGCGCGUGCAGAACACCGAGGGCUUCUCGGCUGAACGGGCCCUGGCAGAAGGCUGCAACCUGGCGGGCAUUCCCCUGGUGAGGUCGCCAUCGCUGCCCACCACGGUGGGCGGAUCCCUCACCGACCUGGAAGACUCUUUCACUGAGCAGGUCCAGUCGCUGGCAAAGUCCAUAGACGAUGCGCUCAGCAACUGGAGCUUAAAGACCAUGUGCUCGCUGCAAGAGGGCGGCGCUUAUCAGUUCAGUGCAGCAGCAGGGGCAGGAGAGGGAGAGUCGGCCGUUCUUCAAGGCCCGGUGGACCCGAGUGAUCUGUCAAAAAGUGCAAGUAAGCUCAUGAUGGCCUUCCGAGAUGUGACGGUCCAGAUCGACAGCCAGAACUUUCGGGUUUCGUCUUCCGUCAUGGAGUCGUCCGCUUCCGUCACGCUGGGCAGCUGCACUCAGCAAGAUGGAGCUUCCAUCGCGGCAAACUCUACUCCCAUCUCAGACCCCUCACAAGAACCGCCUGCUCCCCCAACCGCUGAGCCCAUAGAGCCCCCGCUACCCCCUCUAGAGCACCCACCUCCCCCGGAAAUAGACUUGGACCCAUGUGAUCAGGAUGUUGAGUUCCCCGCUCCACCGCCAAGCGAGGAGGAGCUCACGGGGGAGGACCUGCCGCCCUUGACCACUGCACACAAAACAGCUCCCCAGCACGUCACCGAGGAGGUUGCGGUGGUGGCGCCGCCCCCGCCGGAACCCCCAAAACCUCCCCCGGCUGUGGCCGAGCCGCUCCGCUUGACUUCCAGCGGCUCGGAGACGGUCGACAACAGCUCAGAACAGAUGAGCAGCAGCAGCGCUUCCACGGAGGCCCGCUCCACGUCGGAGGCCUCCUCCAAGGAGGCGCUGCAGGCCAUGAUCCUCAGCCUGCCCCGCUACCACUGUGAGAACCCCGCCAGCUGCAAGUCACCCACCCUGUCCACCGACGUCAUGAGGAAGCGCCUCUACCGCAUCGGCCUCAACCUCUUCAACGUGAAUCCUGACAAGGGCCUCCAGUUCCUGAUCUCACGAGGCUUCAUCCCCGACACCCCCAUUGGUGUGGCCCACUUCCUGCUGCAGAGGAAAGGUCUGAGUCGGCAGAUGAUCGGGGAGUUCCUGGGCAACAGCAAGAAGCCCUUCAACAGGGACGUCCUCGACUGCGUGGUGGACGAGAUGGAUUUUUCGGGCAUGGAGCUGGACGACGCGCUGAGGAAGUUCCAGGCCCACAUUCGUGUCCAGGGAGAGGCGCAGAAGGUGGAACGUCUCAUUGAGGCCUUCAGCCAGCGCUACUGUAUGUGCAACCCCGACGUGGUGCAGCAGUUCCACAACCCGGACACCAUCUUCAUCCUGGCUUUCGCCAUCAUCCUGCUCAACACGGACAUGUACAGCCCCAACAUCAAGCCCGACCGCAAGAUGAUGUUGGAGGACUUCAUACGCAACCUCCGAGGCGUUGACGAUGGGGCGGACAUCCCUCGCGACAUGGUGGUGGGCAUCUACGAGAGAAUACAGAUGAGAGAGCUGCGCUCCAACGAGGACCAUGUCACCUACGUCUCCAAGGUGGAGCAGUCCAUUGUCGGCAUGAAAACGGUUCUGUCGGUGCCUCACAGAAGACUGGUGUGCUGCAGUCGUCUCUUUGAGGUGACGGACGUCAACAAGGCCCAGAAGCAGGCGGCGCACCAGCGAGAAGUGUUCCUCUUCAACGAUCUCAUUGUGAUACUGAAGCUUUGUCCAAAGAAGAAGAGUUCAGCAGCCUACACGUUCUGCAAAGCCCUGGGCCUUCUCGGCAUGCAGUUCCACUUGUUUGACAACGAAUACUACCCUCACGGCAUCACCAUCCUCUCGCCGUUUGGCUCCGACAAGAAGCAGGUGCUGAACUUCUGCGCCCAAAGUGCGGAGGAGCUGCUCAAGUUCGUAGAAGACCUGAAGGAGUCCAUCGCAGAGGUGUCAGAGAUGGAGCAGAUACGCAUCGAGUGGGAGCUGGAGAAGCAGCAGGGGUCCAAGACACACUCGAUAAACAAUGGCACACAACUGGAGCUGCGCAGCAAACAUGGCGGCACGUCAGCAGGGAUCCAGGAAGGAGAGGACAUAAGUGGACACAAUGCAGUAGAGGUGUCAAUUCACAACAGGCUUCAGACGUACCAGCUCAGCACGAGUCCCGAGAGCGUGGCCCUUCUUAACCAUCGGGGGGAGCUGCUCUUCCACCCUGGGCUAACCCAGGGCCCGGCGGCGCCUCCACCUCAACAUCUACAGCUGCGCUCAGCGGCCAGCACCCCCGCCCACCGGCCGUACCCCCAGCCGCCGCCAUUGCCGCAUCCGCCGCCGGCCGCCAGCAUGGCCGAGACGCUCAUCCGGUGUCAGCAGAUCGUCAAGGUCAUCAUGCUGGACAACAGCGGCCACGCCCGCAUUGAGGCCUUCCUCAGCCACGCGCCCGCCCACCCGCAUCCGCAUCCGCACCCCCACCACCACCACCACCACCACCACCACCAGCAUUACCAGCUCAGCCAGUCAGCCAUGUCGACGCCGCUUCGCUCGCCUGACAACUCACACGGCGGCGGUGAUGGCCACCGGCCCCCACUCCCCCCACCGCCGCCGCCGUACAACCACCCGCACCAGUACAUCCCCCCAGACCCCCGCCUCGGUCUACAUCGGACCCCGAGUGGCUCUCGGAGCAUGGUGUAAAUAGAAGGUACGUUAUGUACAUACUAAUGUCACACUUCUAUGCUUCUGUUUAGGAAAGUAGGCUUAGAUUCAAACGUAUUUAGGAUUUUACUUGACCACACGUGGAUUUUCUAAACACGUUUUUAGGACUUUUUGCCAGUUUUAACUCUCGCUUACUAAAAGUCAAUGCAAACCAGGACACGGGAGAAGAUAAUAUCACCAUCCUCCAUCCUCCCUCCCUUCCUUCCAUCCUUCCUUCCUCCUUUCCUCCUCAUCAAUGACUCUUGUGCCAAAAAUAUCAACAAAAAAAGCCUCCAGUGAAAUAAAAAGAAAGCUUCACCGUUGCUUGGGCUACAGAAGAGAAGAACCAUUUUCCUUCCUCAAGGGUGAGAUGUAUUUAGGAGCAAUGGAUGGCCAACUCUUGGCUGCCAUGCAAAUGCAGGAGAAGAAAAAGCUCUCCGACAUCCUCGCAGAGGAGGAACUUUCAUCAAGCGGAGACUUACUGUGGCCGCCACGUUUGGCUUGCUUUUCCUCUCAAGCUCUUUUUGUCUUUUUUUUCUUUGCCAUCCACUUUUGUCUGUGUGUUGUCUUCCUCAAUCUGCAGCCAUGCUUCGCUGUUUAGUCUGACAUUUAUCCCAAAAGCUAGCAAAAAUAUCAAUAAACAACAGCUUGUAGUGGCAGCUGAUAAAAACAGACACAUAUCUGUGUAAAUAUCACAGGCUUGCUUUAUUUAGCCUCUGAAUAUUCACAUGACCUUCACUCCCGCCCCCGAAAAGCAGCUUCCAGGCCCGACUAGUCAGCUUAAUGACAGUUUGACGUGGCUAGUGAUGAUGUCAUGAUUAUUCCAGUCAAUUUGCAUAACUCACCCCCCCAAAACUAGCUGCCAGACCUGACUAGUCAACUCAAAUGACUAGAAAUGAUGUACUGAUUGUUUCAGUCAAUUUGCACAGAAGGUUUGGACACACCCGUCCUCCACCAAUCACAUCCAGGUCAUAUAAAAUAACAAGUUAAAGUCGAAAAUGCACCCCUGACAAAAGCUAAUAGCAAAGGCUAAUAGAUGUGAUUUCUUUGUACUUAUUGGUGUGAUCAACAUUACAAUAUGAAGUUUGCAUGUUUAUCCCACAGUAUGUUUUUGUGCAUGAUUGAAUUAAGUGUGAGUACAGGAAGGGGAAAUGAAGGCUGCACAUGAAGCCACUUGAAACAAAAGAUAUUAUUCUAAGCCCCCCCAGUCAAACAAACACACUGACAGUAGGAUGCACAGUGGCCACUGUCUGCUUCUUUAACCUCUCCCAUCCACCGCCUUUUUGCUUUUCUUGGGAGAUGCUUUACGUGUGCGUGUGUGUGUGUGCGUGCGUGUGUGUGUGUGUGCGUGCGUGCAAGGGACGUUAGCACGGCAACCAAUGUAGCAUUUUGGGAGUCCCACGAGUGGCUGACUUUCACAUACAGGACUCUGACCAAAGGGCUGUCCCAUACAAGUGCACUGCUUCAUGAAUGACUCCAAAAUAUUCGGGAAUUUAGAUUGAAAGAAAAAAGUCCACCCACAUUAAGGAUAGGCAAGUGGGAAAGGGAGUGUGAGAGAAAUGAGCCAUCACUUCCCACAUUCCAGUUCCACCCUUUGACCUGCCUCUGCAGUAUAUCAACAUGCUAUUAAAUAUGAUUCAAGCCCAUCCAGCGCUACGUUGUGUUGUUUGAAGCACCAUUCUUGCAGGCCGUAACACCACAAAGCACUUUUAUUCUAGGGCUGGGCGACAUAUCCAUUUGAUUAAUAUGUCCAUAUUUACUUGAAGCAUGAUAUCCAACACAACCAUGUCAUUCAUAGCCAUAGAGACUGUGUGUGAGCUUCUGCCCCGCCCCCCUCCUUCCAUGCAGGAGGAGGGGUGAAGCAGAAGCCCGGCGGUCCAGUCUUUGACAAAAAUGGAGGACGUGACAUCAUCUGUGGUGAAGAAUUAGAAUAUGGAUAUUCAACCUAAAUAUAUCAGGGUAAAUAUGGAUAUUCAACCUAAAUAAAUCAAGAUAAGUAUGGAUAUUCAACCUAAAUUUAUCAGGAUAAGUAUGGAUAUUCAACCUAAAUAUAUCAGGAUAAGUAUGGAUAUUAAACCUAAAUAAAUCAACA